AUGUUGGUACUCAGCUCAGACAGUGACUGCGAAGUCUUGGAGAAGCCGCUGCCCAGAAGGAGGCUGCCCAGUGAAGCGGCGAUUUUGGAGCACAUCUAUCGUCCAAGCUCAACGCCAACACUUGAGCUGCGUCGCAUCACCCCCAAAGAGGUGAAAGUGCCCGAGGCCUUCGUCCCGGAGCGUCCGCAAACGGCGCCCGAGACCCUCGAGGCAGUGCCCAAGGCACCUAAGGCACCCAAGGCCAAAAAGCCGACGCCCAAAGGCAGCAGCGGACUGCAGGCUCUUUUUCGCCAGCGCCGCGAGGAGCAAGAGAAGGUGCCGCAAACACUGCAGGAUGGACCAAGUGGUGCUUCAUGCGAAGCUGCCAACGCGCGGCCGCCAGACACUAAGUCGGUCACCCUGCUAGAAGAGGUCGGAGUGCUGCCGUCUUUGGCCCAACGUGUAGCAGCGGCUGCAGAUCGUUUGGCCAAAGUCACUGGGAAGCCGACGGUGCAGCGGCUGCGCAGUCUGGUCUUCAAUUUACGGAAAAACCCUGACCUUUUGCAACAGGUGAAUGCUGAGACCAUCACGGUGACUGAGCUGCUCUACAUGUCUUCCGAGGAACUUGCAGGUUCCGAGUUGCGAAAACGCCGGAGGCUGCUGGAGCAGGAGGCCUUGAAGGAUAUUGUACUGCAGGACCACAGCACCUUCCUUGUCCAGUGCCGCAGUUGUGGCUCUGAUGCCCAAGGCGUCAUGGCAAGAAGCGCGUCUGCCUUGGAGGAUGAAGGUUGGAGCCAGAUGUCGAUCCGCGGUCAUUGUCAGAAGUGUGGACACGUCUGGCUGGACCGUGGAUGA